GAUCCCACCAUCUUUUCGUUUGUAUUCGUGUUAACCUCACUUUUUACAUUGUGUGUAUUCUGUGAUUAUAUUUGCAAUUAGAUCUGUUGGUUUGAUUUAAAAACAGGAACAAACAUUUUGCCAUGAUGAAUCCCCCCAAAGGAGGACAUAGCUGCGUUGUUCGAAGUUGUAAAUCCAGAUCAGUUGACAAAAAUAUUCGUUUCUUUCGUCUACCCAAAGAACGUUCAAGAGCAAUGGCUUGGUUACAAGCUUCAAAUCGAAUGGAUUUAAAAGAAAAAUCAUCAAUAGAUCUGUAUAAGAAUUAUAAGAUUUGUGCUUUACAUUUUAAAAAAUGCAUGUAUACAAGUCCAGAAAAAAAUCGACUAUUACCAACCGCAACUCCAACAGAAUUUGAUAAUGCUAAAACUUAUUACUGUAAAAGAUCACAUUCCCCAUCUCCAGAAGAUUCUGCCAAACACCUUAAACUAUCAUCAGAUGAUACCACUCAAGUUGCUACAACUUCCGACCACACUUAUCAUAAAAUAUUAAACACUCAAGUCCAAGAAAAGUUAGAUAAACUAAUAUCAAAUUUAGCAGAAUCUGGACCCACCACACCAAAAUCUGUUGUGACAAAUUCUGGACCCACUAUAUCAAAAUCAAGUAUAACUUCAAAACCUAAGCCUUCUAUAUUAAAAUCUGUACUAACUGCAUCAAAUAAACCAGUAGAAACUAUAGAUUUGACAGCAAAUCAAGAUUCUGAGCCAAUCAAAAAAUGCCAACCAGAAACAUCUAAAGUAACUCAAGGUCUAAAAUCAUAUUUACUUAUUCCUAAGGAAUUUGUGCAUUUUUUACCAAAACGGGAAACGUUUGUUUUACCAUCAUGUUUACCAGCUCCUCAACAUUUCUUGCAAUUUACAUCUGAGCCACCGAAGAAAACUGUGAAUUCAACGUCUAUACCAGGUAUUUUUUGUUUUACUUGAGAAUUUUUAAAACAUUGUAUGUAUAAACAUUACAAUUAAAUUUUCAACAAUAUACAAGGUGAGUUAUUGGUAUACCGGCGAUCGAUAGCUAUUAAAUCGUUUGAGGUAGAAGAAAAAAAGUUUUAUGCAAAACUUGUUCGACUCAUCACUUUCAUAACGUAAAAUUAUUUUCAUUUAUACAGGGUGUUGCAUUUAGGCAAGUACGUAAUUUUUUUUAAUGUAACACCCCGUAUGUUUCAUCGUAUUAUGAUUAUAACUAAAUUUGUUUAUCCAACCAUAUAUGUUCAGCGUUAAUAG